CUGAUGCGGAGGCAGCAGAUUAGCCUGAAUCUUGUCGGAGCUUAUCCUGCCUAUGAUGCACUGAAGCGUUCAUGAAGAUUAAUUUGAGCUUCUGAAUUUGGGGGGCAGCACUGAGGCCAAUAUUUACCUGUUUAGCAGACCAAUGAGAUGAGAGAUGGGAUCCUCUGCUACUGUUGUAACUCUGUGCCCGCUCAGGUGGAUCCUUGUCCUGGUCGUCUUUGUGCAGCAGCUCAAUGCAGGGGACAUUGAAGGCCCAUGUCAAGGCAGAAACUGCUCUGUAUGUCAGUGUCUUCCUGCCAAAGGUGCACGGGGAGCUCCAGGGAAGCCAGGCCAACAAGGCACCCGGGGACCAAUGGGACCAUGGGCACGUGAGGGGUCACCUGGAGAGAAGGGCAGAAGGGGAGCAGAGGGAUCACAUGGCCCAGAGGGGCCCAAAGGAGACCGCGGCAAGACUGGUGUUCCUGGUUUUUCUGGUAAUGAUGGCUCACCAGGCCACCCUGGAGCAGGCGGUGAGCCUGGUUUCCCAGGGUUGGAUGGCUGUAAUGGGACAAGGGGUCAACCAGGAGUCUUUGGUAUUCCUGGUUUGGAUGGUCUCCAUGGGCCGCCGGGAUCACACGGACCUAAAGGAAUUAAAGGAGAACCUUUGUAUGGCGCUACCCUUCCGGGGCUUCCGGGGGAUGGUGGUAGAGAUGGAGAGCGUGGUCUGCCUGGAAGACAAGGAGUCAUUGGGACAGAAGGCCACUCUGGCCCUCCUGGCCCUCUUGGAAUUCAGGGCUUGGAAGGAUCUAAAGGUGUGAGAGGACCACCAGGCGACCCCGGAGGAUCACUGGCAGGAGCUAAAGGUGACGAUGGUGAGCAAGGCCCACCUGGCCUACAAGGACCAGAAGAAGUCAUAGAAUUUCCUCCAGGCUUCCUUCCACCCAAAGGCUACAAGGGAGACCGAGGUCUUGCUGGACCAUGUGGACCAAAGGGCAUAAGCGGUGGUAGAGGAGACACAUAUAUCCAACAAAUAAAAGGAGAGCAAGGAAUCCUUGGUUUCCCUGGAGUUAGGGGUCUUCCAGGAUUUCCUGGUAGAGAUGGACCUCUAGGCCCUGAGGGUUUGCCUGGAGAAAAAGGAUAUCCAGGUCUCAUUGGAAGAAAUGGACCAAAGGGUUACCCAGGAGAUGCAGGUCUCCCCGGACCCCUGAACUUUCACAAUGGAAGUGAUGCCAGAGGUGUUAAAGGUGACCGAGGGUAUCCUGGAAUGCCUGGACCCCAUGGUGACCCUGGGUUCAUGGGCAUGCAUGGACCUCCUGGCCCCCCAGGGUUAACAAUACCAGAAGAGCCGGGUCUGCCUGGUCCACGAGGUUUCCUCGGUCCGAAGGGCUACAAGGGAGAGCCAGGGAGGUAUAACAACUUUGAAAAUCUGAUUCCGGGACUAAAGGGAACCAAAGGACUCCUUGGAUAUAAAGGUGUCACAGGCCCCCAGGGUCCUCCAGGAUGUGGAGAUUACUACUGUGAGCCUGGUUACCCGGGAGACCCUGGUGACAUGGGACCCAAAGGAUAUCCUGGAAACCAAGGGGUCACGGGACUUAAAGGUUGUCCAGGGGAAUGUGAAUGUAGGUCUGCUGGGGGAACGGAAGGCCCCCCUGGUCCAGUUGGUUAUCCAGGACCUCCAGGGUUACCUGGAACUCAAGGAUUUAAAGGAGACCCAGGACUGAUAGGAUACGAGGGUCCAAGAGGACCACAUGGCUUUCUAGGAAUUCUUGGUAUAAAAGGACAAAAGGGUCAAAAAGGUCACUCCUUUGUGGUAGAUGUUAAUGGUGCCAAGGGUAACCAAGGAGUCCCCGGACAUUCUGGUCCUCCUGGAGCAGAAGGUAGGCCAGGACUGGAUGGCCCCCCUGGGCCCGCAGGGGACCAUGGAACACCGGGUGCUGGAUAUGCAGGAUUACCUGGUCCCAAAGGUUACCCUGGUGUUGCUGGACCAAAAGGGUUUCCAGGGCUCCUAGGCCUCCCAGGUCCUGGUGUUCCAGGCCCUAAGGGGCAAUCUGGACCUAAAGGUUAUCAGGGACUUCCUGGCCCCUCAGGAAUUCCUGGACGACAAGGCCCUCCAGGUGAAACAGAGGACUGCUGUCAUGAAAAUGAGAUUGGAUCACCUGGUCUGAAGGGAGAGCUAGGCUCACUGGGGAUUCCAGGUGAGACAGGAAGAGGCGGUGCUCAGGGAACUGUGGGAUUCCAAGGCCCGAAAGGCAUGAAAGGAGAUGACAGUGCAACUGGAGGGAUUGGACUGCUAGGUCCUCAAGGUUCAAAUGGUGAUCCAGGUGACCCUGGUCCAAGUGGAAGUAGCCUGGAUGGCCCUUCAGGCCUUCCUGGGUUACCAGGACUUCCAGGCAGGAAGGGUGACCCAGGAGAUGUCCUCUCUGCCAGGCCAGGUGAUACUGGCCCACCCGGCCGCCCUGGGGCUCGGGGCACAAGCGGACUCCGUGGAAUUCCUGGAAACCUAGGGCCUCAAGGCGUACAAGGCCAACCUGGACGACUUGGUUGGAAAGGAGAGCCAGGAGACAAUGGUGACCCUGGAUUCACUGGUCCCCCAGGCCCACCCUGCACUGUGUGUGACGUGAGUGGACCUCCAGGCCAUUCAGGACCUCCAGGAAACCCUGGACAGAAUGGAGUACCAGGCUACUCUGGUCAGAAGGGUGUUAAGGGAGAUACAGGUCUACCUGGUCAUGGACACAGGGGUCCAGAAGGUUUCCCCGGCCCUCCCGGUUUGCCAGGCCCAGCAGGACCAAGAGGUCCCGCUGGUCCCUCAGGAGAUCUUGGGACCGAUGGCUGGCCAGGACAGAAAGGUGAACGUGGGUACCUAGGCAGUGCUGGGGCCAGAGGUUUACCAGGUCGUCUUGGACCUGCAGGACCCAGAGGUAGAGAAGGAGAGAGAGGCUUUCAUGGUCGCCCAGGUGACACUGGACCCCCAGGACAGCCCGGUAAUAAAGGUGUACAUGGUCCACCAGGAUUAAGAGGACCAUCAGGGAUCGUGAAUGUAACCAAAGGCACAUCAGGACUUCCAGGAAGGAAGGGGCAAUCAGGACAACAAGGACCUGCAGGCUUAAAGGGCCCAAGUGGAGUGCCAGGUGAUUCGGGGCCUGAGGGAUGGCCUGGUACACCAGGGUUUAAAGGCAGCACUGGUGCUCCAGGCAGGGCAGGAAUACCUGGACCUUCUGGGUACCCAGGGAUCAAAGGUUUCCCUGGUCCAAGGGGAUAUCCUGGACAUGAUGGAGAUCUGGGAGAUCAUGGAGCAAGGGGACAAUCCGGUAUCUCAGGGUCACCAGGAUUUCCAGGAGCCAAGGGUGAGCCAGGACAGUCUUAUGGAACACCUGGUCUACCUGGAGCCAAAGGACUGCCAGGGGAGGAUGGACCCAGUGCACCCAGAGGGAGUCCUGGAGAUCCGGGGGACCCAGGACCCCAGGGAAGGUCAGGACAGCCUGGACAACGAGGGAUUGUCGGUGAACCAGGAAGACAAGGAGGACCAGGCUUCCUUGGACCUCGUGGCCCAUCGGGUCGUCCAGGUGUUCCAGGUUUUCCGGGCGAUUUUGGAGGUCUGGGACCCCCGGGCCCACCGGGCCCAUAUGGACCUACAGGCCUCCCUGGACCACUGGGCCUGGAUGGACUGGAUGGGCUUAGAGGUCCAAAAGGGAUAAAAGGAACAAGUGGCACAGGUAUACCUGGCCCUCCAGGACCAGGUGGUUUUCCUGGAGUCAAAGGUCUCAAGGGUCAGCAUGGGCCUCCAGGAGCCAAUUUUCCGGGGCCCAAGGGCCAGAGGGGCCCACCUGGUGCCACAGGUCUUCUAGGCUUUCCAGGUGAACCUGGUAACCCCGGCAAAGAAUGCUACAAGCCUUCGCCAGGACCCAACGGAGACCAAGGAUAUGAAGGACCUACAGGACCCCCAGGUCCUCCCGGGGAGCCAGGCCCUCCAGGCAGCAGCAUUUUAAACAAAGGAGACCCAGGCCCAAAUGGCCUCCCAGGGUUACCAGGUCAUAAGGGAGAUGGGGGCCUCCCAGGGCCUCCUGGAUUUCAGAGCUACCCAGGCUUUACAGGACCAAAAGGUGAGAGAGGUCCUGCUGGUUCUAGAGGUUACCAGGGACCCAAAGGUCAUAUCGGGGUCCCUGGGCCUUGGGGCCUCAAGGGAGUAACGGGCCCAGCUGGAGACACAGGUGCAAAAGGUGCUCCUGGUGAAUAUUUCCAUGGAUGGACAGAGAUGGCUCCCCCUGGACUCCCAGGACCAUGUGGUCAGCCAGGAUCUGUGGGAUUCCCUGGUGAUAGGGGUCCUCCUGGAACUCCAGGACGUAAAGGACAGAAGGGCCCCAUAGGGUUUGUGGGCCUCCCCGGCAAACCUGGUCCUGCUGGUCAUAAUGGUCCUGUUGGAGACCCAGGAUAUGCUGGUCAGCUUGGAUUUGCUGGACCUCAAGGUAUCCCAGGUCCACCCGGGGAUCCAGGUAACCCAGGCCAAAGGGAGGCGUUAAGGUCAGGCUUCCUUUUGGUAAUCCACAGCCAGUCAGUUCAGGUUCCGCUCUGCCCUGAAGGCAGCAGUCGGCUCUGGGUGGGCUACAGUCUGGUCUACUUGGAGGGACAAGAGAAGGCUCACACUCAAGAUCUAGGCCAGGCUGGCUCCUGCCUCCCUGUUUUCUCCACCAUGCCAUUCUCCUACUGCAACAAAGGUGCCUGUCACUACUCUCGUCGCAACGACAAGUCCUAUUGGCUCUCCACCACUGCUCCCAUACCCAUGAUGCCCCUCGUUGGCCUGGAGAUUAGCUCCCACAUCAGCCGCUGUGCGGUGUGCGAGACGGCUUCGCCUGCAGUGGCUUUUCACAGCCAGGAUCCCACAGUCCCACCAUGCCCGCCUGGCUGGAGGAGUCUAUGGACGGGGUACUCUUUCCUCCUGCACACAGGGGCAGGCGAUGAGGGUGCUGGCCAGUCUCUGGCUUCUUCUGGAAGCUGCCUUAAGGAUUUCCGAACUCACCCGUUCAUAGAGUGCCAGGGUGCGCGCGGCUCUUGUCACUACUUUGCCAACCUCUACAGUUUUUGGCUGACCACCAUCAGUCAGACAGAGCAGUUUGUCACCCAGUGGCCCAGCACCAUCAAGGCAGCCGACAAACAGCGACACAAGGCCAGUCAGUGCCAUGUCUGCCUCAGAGAACAAUAAAGGACCUCAUGUCACUUUUAGUUCAUGAUUUUUUAAGUCAUUCUGUUUUCAGAAUCUAAGUCUGAUGACCACUUUGAGUUAUAGAUAGAUUAUAUUUGAUAUACGAUGAAAAAUGUCUUUGCAUUUACAUGUUGUUACCUUUAUCUGAUACGAUGUCUCUUCUCUGUCAUUAUUUACAAUGAGGUGCUAUUUCUAAAGAAAAUGUUUCAUAGUUGAUCCUCUUGCUGCUGUACCUGAAGAUUUUGUAAUAAUCCAUUUUCAGACUAGUCAUUUAGGAUAAAUAUUUUGAAGACCUUUCAUUCUUUCAUCUAAGUUGUACUCCUCAAAAUAAAAUCUUUGAAAAAGUUUCAAUACUACGAGUCAUUCAGAGUUCAAUAGCUUCCCCAGUUUGGA